AUGCACGAUUAGAAGUGUUUAUUCUAAAAAUUGGAAGGAACAUUGGCAGAAAAAUUGUGUAUCAAAGAAUUAUUGAAAGAAUAAGUCAUAAUCUAUGUCUAAAAAACAAAGGAAUUCAUCUAAAAAGAGAUGAUUAUAUCUUUUAAUGCUUUGAUUAUAGAUAAUUAAUAUAUAGAAUUGAGUAAAUGUCAAUUUGAAGAGAGAGUGAGUAAACCUAAAAAUAAUGAAGGAAUCAAUGUCAUAAUUAUUAAGAGUACUGCUGGUAAAGAAUAUCUAAUCACUUCUAAUUCUUAAUAGUGUCUCAGAAUCAAGAUCUACCUUAAAAAAUUUUGUGUUAACAAAAAUUAUAGUGGAAAAUAUAGACUAUAAGAACAGAAAAACUGUCUACCUCUUUCCUAAUCAUAUAAAGUAUUAAAAUAUAUAUACAUAAAAAAUAGAAAAAUAAUCAAUAUUUCUCUACAAUCAAAUUUGAAAAGAAAUAAUUAGAAGAAAAUGAAGAACUUCAAAUGUUCCACAAUUAAUUAACUAUUAUGCAUGCUUUUUAAUAAAUUCCUAAUGUUAUUAGAGUUUGUGAAGAUGCUCAAAGGUAUUAUAUACUUGGAGAAAACAUGAAAUUAUAAUCCUUGGAAUCACUCUUAUUAAAUGGUUUUGAAUUUAAAGAAGUACCCAUAGUAUCCAUUAUAUUCAUGAUCCUACAAACAAUUCAAAAAUUUCAAGCCAAAACCAUAUAUCAUGGGAACAUCAAUCUUUAGAAUAUCUAUGUCAAUAUUAAUAGUCCAACUCUGCAAAUUGCUUCACUUUUUCCAAAAUAUAAGGAACAUAAUAUCAAAAAUAUAGAAAAAGAUAUUUAUAAUGUAGGUAAACUACUAUACUAAAUCACAUUUUAUACUUAAAGAGGUGAAAUUCCUUAAGAUAUUAAUCUAAAUUUAAUAUAAUCGUUAAUGGAUCAAUGGUCAUAACCUAAUUCUUAAAGAACUCAAUAUAGAUUUUUAUAUAGAGUCAGUUAGCUUAAUUUAUUAAAUCAAUUACUUUCUCCUGGAAUAACUGUAGAAGUAGCUUUGAUUCAUCAAUGGUUUGUGAAUAUUAAACAAAAUCUUAAAAUUGAACCUAAAUAACUUAUGUCCAAAGCCUUUCUUACAACCAUAAUGGAGGAAUAAGAAUUUCAUAUGACCUCCUCUUAAAUUCUUGAUCAUCGAGUUACAAUCACAUAAUAAAGCUAUCAAGAAUAUGGUAUACAUAAUUAUUUUAUAUAUAGAACCUGAUGAAGAACUUUAUCCUAUUCGAUGUUAAAUGAUUAAUACUACUUAAAUGAUACCUUCUAAAAAGAAACAUGAUGAUGCUAAAAUAUCUUUGUUUAGAUCAAAAACAUUUACAAGUUCAACUAUUAAACGUGGCUCCUUACAUGAAAUUACAAAAUAAUCAACUUUUAAAUGA